AUGCACAGGUUUGGAACCCAUUGUAGUUAUAUCUCAGGACAUGACCAACUAGUAGGUCUUGGAACUCAAGUCAUUUCUUAUACUCCGCCAGGCGACUUACCCAUAGACUCUCCAGCAUGUCUCUUCUUUCCUCAGUCUAUCCGAAAGGAAAUAAGUGGAAUACGUCAAUUCUCCAGUGAAAGUUUCUACGAAUAUUGGGGGAGAUUUAAGCAAUUGGUGGAGAGUUGCCCUCAUCACCAAAUUCCCGAUCAUCUUCUAAUUCAAUAUUUUUAUGAAGGAUUGUCUGAGGCAAAUAGAAGCUUGGUGGAUGCAGCUAGUGGAGGUGCUUUGUAUGACAAAACUCCUAGCGAAGCACGCAAACUAAUCACAACCAUGGCGGCUAAUAAUCAACAAUUCGGUAGUAGAAACGACAACCCCCCACGAAGGCUAAACGAAGUAAGUACUUCUAUUAAUGAACAUUCAGAUAAACUUACUUCUCUUGUUGAAAAGUUUAUAGGGGGAAGCAUUCAACAAGUCAAGAUUUGUGGGAUAUGUACAUCUUCGGGACAUUACACUGACGCUUGUCCUAGACUUCACGAAGAAUCAACCGAACAUGCUGACAUCGUUGGUGGAUUUUCUGGGCAAGAACAAAGGAGAUAUGACCCAUUUUCCAAUACAUUUAACCCUGGAUGGCGAGAUCACCCAAAUUUGAGGUAUGGCAAUCAACCUCAAAACUUUCAAAGGGUUCCACACCAACAACCACCACCACCACCUCAAACCAAUCCUAAUAAUGGUAUGCCCCUAGAGGAUAUCGUGAAGACACUCGCCUUAAGCACCCAACAACUCCAACAAGGAACUCACAAGUUCCAACAAGAAACCCGCUCGAGCAUACAAAAUUUGGAAUCCCAAAUGAGCCAAUUAGCCUCCUCCGUCAGCCGCUUGGAGUCUCAAGGUAAGUUUCCCUCCCAAACUAUUAUUAAUCCUAACCAAAACGUUAGUGCUAUUAACUUGUGCAGUGGAAAAGAGCUACAACUCGAAAAUAGCACUAGGCAUGGGGAUACACAGCAGGACAAAAUAGAGGAUGCACUCGAAAUUCUUCCAAAACAAGCUGAAAGUCCAACCAAGUCAGCGAGGAAAGUCCCAAGGUGUUCAUGA